CUGCUCUGGGCCGCCUACCUGUCCGCCUGCCAGGUGGGCCAGGUGUUUCUUUAUUUCCAGUGGGAUUCCCUGCUGCUGGAGACUGGCUUCCUGGCGGUGCUGGUGGCCCCCCUGAGGCAGCCCCCCCACCAGAAGCAGCCCCCCCAGGGUGGGCUGGCAGGAACCUUGCCCCACGAAGGCCUCCCCUUCUGGCUCGUGCGCUGGCUGCUGUUUCGCCUCAUGUUCGCCUCGGGUGUGGUCAAGCUGACCAGCCGUUGCCCCACGUGGUGGGGGCUCACUGCCCUCACCUACCACUACGAGACGCAGUGCCUGCCCACGCCUGCUGCCUGGUUCGCCCACCACCUGCCCGUCUGGCUGCACAGGCUCAGCGUGGUGGCCACCUUCCUCAUCGAGAUCGCGGUGCCCCCUCUGUUCUUCGCCCCUGCUCGCCGCCUACGCCUGGCUGCCUUCUACUCCCAGGUCUUGCUGCAAGUCCUGAUUAUCAUCACUGGGAACUACAACUUCUUCAACCUGCUCACCCUCGUGCUCACCACCUCCCUGCUGGAUGACAGGCACCUAGCGGCCGAGGCUGGCAACAGCCGUCGCAAGAAGACACCUGCCUCCUGGCCCAAGGCCCUGCUGGCCCUGCCGGCCCUGUUGCUGGAACUGGCCGCCUACGGGCUGCUGGCCUACGGCACCGUGCACUACUUUGGCCUGGAGGUCGACUGGGAGCAGCGCACCAUCCACUCUAGAACCACCUUCACCUUCCACCAGUUUUCCCAGUGGCUGAAGAUGGUGACCCUACCCACCAUGUGGCUGGGGGGCGCCUCCCUCGCCUGGGAACUGCUGACCUCCCUCUGGAGGUGGACCCAGGUGCAAGGGUUGCUACAGAAGCUCUGGACUGCAGUCCAGCUGUCCAUCUUUGGCACUGCCACCGUGGCCAUGUUCCUGGUCAGCCUGGUGCCAUACUCCUACAUGGAGCCCUCCACCCACGGGCGCCUCUGGACUGGGGCCCACCGCCUAUUUGGCGCCGUGGAGCACCUGCAGCUGGCCAACUCCUACGGCCUCUUCCGACGGAUGACCGGCCUGGGUGGGCGGCCCGAGGUGGUGCUGGAGGGCAGCUAUGACAAGCAACACUGGACGGAGAUCGAGUUCAUGUACAAGCCUGGGAACGUGAGCCGGCCACCCCCUCUCGUGGCGCCCCACCAGCCGCGCCUCGAUUGGCAGAUGUGGUUCGCGGCCCUGGGCCCGCACACACACAGCCCGUGGUUCACGAGCCUGGUGCUCUGCCUGCUGCAGGGCAACGAGCCAGUGAUCCGCCUCAUCCAGAGCGACGUGGCUAGGUACCCCUUCCACAAGCAGCCACCCACCUACGUGCGAGCUCAGCGCUAUAAGUACUGGUUCUCACAGCCCGGGGAGCAGGGCCAGUGGUGGCGACGCCAGUGGGUGGAGGAAUUCUUCCCCCCCGUGUCCCUGGGGGACCCGACACUGGACACGCUACUCAGGCAGUUUGGUCUCCAGGACAAGAGCCCCCGCCGGGCCCGCAGCUCCAGCAACGCCCUUGCCCAGGCCCUCCAGUGGGUACGGAGGCAGCUGUCGCCCCUGGAGGCCCCCACCCUGCUCUGGGGACUCAUCCUCGCAGUGGGGGCCAUCAGGGUCCUGCAGGCUCUGCUGGGGCCCCGUCCCUCCCGAGCCUCCCCUCCCCCCAGGGAGGAGAAGCACAGGCCGGCACCCAAGAAGGACCCGGGAGUGGCCACGGACCAGGCUGCACCCGCCCCCAACAGCAGCAACAGUGGCUCCCAGACUGCCCGGCGGAAAAAGUAGCCGUGUUCCGUCUGCCACACGUCGGAGGGUCGGCAUCCCCACACCUCUGGCCUCUGAAGCUGGACAUGGCCCAGCCACCGUGCCUUAGCCAGUGGUCCUGGCAGACGCAGGCUGGGGUGCUGCCCAGGGGGCAGGCUCUGGCUGCCCUGCUGCUUCAAGGGUCCACUUGUCCCCCACUGCGCCGACCACGUCCCUUCCAGGGCCCCCUCUGGCCUGGACAGUGGCCCCGGAGGUGGGUGUGGGACCAGCUCAGAGCCCUUCCCAGGACGUGGUGCAGGACUGGGGUCCGAGUCUGCAGAGGCCCGAGUCUGAUGCCAGCCCAGCCCACCAUUUGGUUCGUGAACCAAUAAAGGUUCUUCAUGCUUGA